CACCCACAAUCCACAUCCUUUCCAAUCACUUUUACCUUUCAUUCUUUUCCUCCACCUAAAAACCCACUUAGAAAGAUUCUUCAAUCGCUUAAUUGUUUCCUAAUUCCUACACGCUGCUAAUCUCAUGAUGGACCUCAAGUUUGCCGGCAAGCCCAUACCCGCUACCCCUUCGGCUGACCUGGACCAGAUGCCGGACACCCCCCGUGCCCCCCACUCCGAUACCUUCUUCCGGUUCCCCGACCUCGACGACAUCCUCCUCGAUGACGUUGUGGCUGACCUCAACCUGGACCUCCCCCCCACCCCGCCUUCCCUCCUCUCCAAUGCACCGCCUCCGCCAGCCAAGGCCGACGUAGCAAGGCCCGGAGCCCAUUUGAGGAGCCUGUCGAUGGACGCUGACUUUUUUGAGGGGCUUGGGUUGGACGCGCCGCCGCCGGGGGCGGAAGUCGGCGCGGGACCCAGACACAAACAUAGCAAUUCAAUGGAUGGGUAUUCCAGCGCGACGUCGUCGGAGGUGGACUCUAAUCAGAAAAAGGCAAUGGCCGCUGAUAGGCUCGCAGAGCUUGCCUUGAUUGACCCCAAGAGAGCCAAAAGGAUUCUUGCAAAUAGACAAUCAGCAGCACGGUCGAAAGAGCGGAAAAUUCGUUACACAAGUGAGCUGGAGAGGAAGGUGCAGACUCUGCAGGCUGAAGCAACCACACUAUCGGCUCAGAUUACAUUGUUGCAGAGAGAUACUACUGGCUUGACAGCUGAGAACAAGGAACUCAAACUAAAGUUACAGGCUAUGGAGCAGCAAGCACACCUCAGAGACGCUCUGAAUGAAGCACUGAGGAACGAACUGCAACGACUGAAG